AUGGUCCAGAAAAUUCGCGACUUAUUCAAUCAAGCAAUGGAAAAAUCUGACCCAAAUUAUAUUCUACAAGCUUAUACGGCAGAACAAAAAUUUACUCACCUUUUAAAUAAAGAUAUGGCACGUAAUGUUUCACAUGAUAUUCAUCAAGGAUGUACUAAAUUUGGUUGUGAUACUUUGUAUACAACAGAAGAUGGUAUAAAAUCAAUUGCUAGCAUUUUUUUUUAUCAUCCGAAAUUUAUAACGCAUGCAGGUAAAGUUUAUCGUGGUAAAUUCGAAAAAUUUGAAUUAGAACAUUAUCAAGUGAAUCAGUGUAUUAUGACAAAGACAUUUGUGUCAACAUCAAAAGAUCCUAAUGCAGCUGAAUUCUAUUCAGGAUAUGAUCGACAAAAACGAAAACUUCUUUGGGAAGACGAAGAGAAAAAGAUAUCAAUCUUUUGGACAAUUAUUAUCAAAAAUCUAAAUGGAAUACGUCGAGCCUUGGAUAUAAGUAAUAGAUCUCAAUUUCCAGACGAACAAGAAGUGUUACUAUUACCAUAUUCAGUAUUUACAAUUACGAAAAAAGAAAUAAUCGAACUUGAAAAUGGAAAAAGAAUUGAAAUUGAACUGGAAGAAUAUGAGGAACACAAAUAA